AAUUUGUUUGUUCUAAAAAAUGUAAACAAAAACAAAAAAAUUUAAAACAGAAAAUUAUCAUUUCAAACGAAAAUUGACAACAAAAUAAUGGAAGAAUCUGAAAAUUUAGCAACAAAUCAAACCGAAAUUUUAUUAAAUAAAAUUGAUAAAAGUACCUUCAAAUUUAAAAAAGAUGAAAAUGGGUUAAUUUUAACAAUUCAUCAUACAAUCAAAGAAAAUGAUAAUUUAAUAAGAAUUCGUUUGGUUGUUGGUUGUUUUAAUGAAAUAAAUCGACAAUUCUUGACAAUCGAUAAUAGGGGUAACAUAUUCAUAUUCGAUUUGGCCAAGAAAAAGUAUUGGAAACUCUUUGAGAAAACUCCAAAAGCUUGUCUAGCUUGUAAUAUUCCAAAUGAACCUAAUUUAUAUCUUAUUGCCACCAAAACCGGUCGCAUUUAUUGGCUAGAUGUUGACAAAUCAAUGAUUACCCACUCCGAAAGCUAUUCCAACAAUCGAAUCUCUAAUAUUUCCUUUCCUGGAAUUCCACUUAAACCCUUCCUCGCCGUUGUCCAUUGCCAUCAUGAAGCAAUUCUUUUAAAUCUUGAAACCCACGAAGCCUCACAUCGUCUUGAAUUCAAUCAAGCUAAAAUCUCUCUGAAAUUUGUCUCGUACAUUCCUCAAAGUGAUCAGAUUUUCACUUGUUUCACUAAUGAUUCGGUUCAUAUUUGGUCUGGCAUUACACUGAACACAAUUCGAACCCAUAAUCCAAUUCGAAUUAGAGAUAGGUUCCUUAUGACCAAGGAACCAAUUGAAAUUCGUUUAAAUGAUGCCCAAACUGACUCCAAUCGAUCUCAAUUUGAUAUCAAUUGUGAAGAAGUUAAGGAAUUCUCAAAGGGUUUAAUAAACUCUUUUAGUUUUUCUUCAGAUGGUGGGACUAUUUGUUUUACUACUCUCGACAACUUUGUACUCUUUUUGUCCUCGGUAAGCUUUGAGUUAGUGAAAGUUAUCAAGUUACUCGAUGCUACUUUACAUGCAUCUUGGAUCUUUCCCAAAAACAAUGACAACCUGCUUCUCUGCCAGACGACAAAAUCUCAGCUAAUGGCGAUUGAUGUUGACAAUUCUGGAAUCAAGUUGAUAAUAGAGCCAACAGAUUGUUUUAGGGUUGUUCUAUCCAAAGAUAAAGAGUUUCUAAGCACGAUAAGGCAGACAGGAGAGGCCAACAUUUACAAUGUCAACACAUUGAUUGACUGUUUGAAAUCAGCUCAAAACUGUGUUCAAAUGCUUAGAACUGCCAUGUCCCAGCCAAAAGCUCUAUCAAUAAAUUGUUUCGACAAUGAAUUGAGAAAAAUGCUGACUAGGAGUCGCAUGAUUCCGAUUCUUAAAGAAUAUGGACAAUAUCCAAGUAAAUAUCGAUUGCUCAUUUGGACUGCUCUCCUUGAUGUUCCUUGCAACAAGUCGAAAUUUUCAGAAUUAGUCAAAAUGGGAACUCAUUCAACAGCAAUUGCAUUAAAUUCCAGCUUAAAGCUAAAAGAUUCAACUGCCAGGCGUAAUCUCAUAAAGAUUUUCUCAUGUCUUGGUCAUUGGUCGAAAGUCUUUGGCCAUAGUGACUUUGUCCCGGAAUUCAUCUUCCCGUUUAUGAAGAUUUUCUCCAACAGUCUAACUGUUUGCUUUGAAGUUAUUGCAACAAUUCUCACAAAUCAAUGUCAGUUGUGGUUUGAGUUUCAUCCAUUGGAACCUCUCAACUAUUUGGGAAUGUGUGAAAAUAUUCUGAAUCACUUUGAUUCUCAAUUGGGGAAAUUCUAUUCCAAAAUCCAAGUUACAGUGAAGGAAUAUGCUUGGUCGAUUAUAUCAAAUGGAUUCUCUGAGAUUCUAGAUGAUGAACAAUGGUUGUGUUUGUGGGAUAAUAUCCUUUCAAGUCCUCCGUAUUUUAUGAUAUUCUGUGCAGUAGCUUAUAAUAUUGUUCAGAGAGAAACAAUUUUAAGAUUGGAAUCCAAAGACGAUGUUGUAGAGUUUUUUCACGAGCAGAAUGCUAUUGAUUUAAAGAAAUUCAUAAAGAAAGCUUAUCAUUUGAUGGAAAAGUGUCCAGAUGGUUUACAUCCUCAACGAUAUAUGAAGGAUUUUGUAAAACUUCCAAAAGGUGUUUAUCCUAAAUUUCAAAAUUAUCCGAAAAAGUGGUUGGAGGAGCAAGAAAGUGAAAUGGAUAAUAUACGAAGAGAAAGACAAGCUAUUGAUUCUAGAAUGAGGGAGUUGGAAAGAGAUGAAGCUUUGAUGAUUGAAAAGUUGGAGCGUGGUUUGCAACAGGAAGAGUAUACCAAACGAAUGAAGGAAAUGCAAAAGCAAUAUCAAGACAUGCUGAAACGUGAAGAAGAACGGAUAUCAUAUCAGCGUAAAAUGCUGGUUCUUUAUCAAAAAGAAUUACGUCAGCAGAAAGGUAAAGUAAUCGAAUUGAUUGAGGAAUCAGCUAGACGAAGGAAACAAAAUCUUCAAGAAAGUGAAAUGGACACUUUGUUAAGAGAUAUCGAACGAGAGCGUCAACGCAACGAAAUCGACUUAACAUUAGCCGAAGAACACAUCAAAGAUCAAGACUUGGAAUUAAUCUCGCAUAAAUAUGGAAUUGAUGAUAUUUUAAGUGAAACCGAUUACCAACCAAUGAGAAAUAAAUUUAGAAAUACAAUAAACAAAAUCAAUGAAGGAAAGAAAAAACUUAAAAAUGAUUUAGAAAAUAUACUUCGAGAUGAUGUAAAAAUUCAAGAAGAUGAUGGAAAGUUAUCGGCUCUUGAUUUAAAUGAAAUGGAAUCUUCAAUUCGAGAUUUAGAAAGAGAAUUUCAAUCUGCACUCAAAUGUAAAUCAUAACGAUGGCGCUCCUGAUUUUAGUAUAAUUUUUUAUUUAAACAUUCAUUUUUUAAAUUAUUUUUAUAUCUUUUAAAUUGUAUAAUUCAAAAAUAUAUUAGAAUACAAAAAAAAAUAUUUUUAAAACAAA